AUGGUCCAAUGUUCCUUUCGUGGAGAUGUUUAUGAUCGUUUUGUCUCCAAGUUUAACGUUGGUGAUUGGCUUUAUUUCGAAGACUUUAAGGUUGUUGAGCAGUAUGGUUCAUGUUUAGCUACCGCACAUCGUUACAAAAUUGUUAUUUUGUAUAAUACCAAGAUCAAAGAGAAUUCAAUUGUUAGAGGGGAAGAUUUCUAUGAUUUCGUCGAUUUUAAACUCAUUAAUGAUGACGUCAUCGAUGAGGUUGUCAAUGUUGGGGAAUUCAGCUAUUGUACGGUCUUUGAAGAAUCUGAUGACGACAGUAAUGUUGGAAAUCAAGACGAUUCUGAUUAUAUACAAGAAGGAAGCGAUGAAGAAGAUGAUGUUUCUUAUGAUAUAAUGGAUGAAGAAUAUGAUGAUAUUGAUGAAGAAACUGAUGAUGAGGUCGAAUAUCAAUCAGAUAAUAGUGAUAAUGAUGAUCAUAAUGAGGAUAAAUAUAUCCAAGAUUUAGAGGAGGAUGAAGAGAACGAUGAGAUGCAAAGUUCUGAAGAAAAUAUUGCAAUAAAUAGUAGAGCAGAUGAUUACUCUAUUAACCACAAAAUAUCUUUUGAUCUAUGUGAUUUCAGGAAAAAGAAGUAUAUCUUCUACAGUUUGUACGCAAAUAAUACUCAAUCCGCAAAUUCCAGAGGAGUCGAAAAUGAUGGAAUUGAGACCAAGGAAGAGGACUCGCAAAUAGAAGACUGA